AAGAGAGCGAGGAGAAGGAAGGGGGAAAGCUAUCCUCCCUCCUGUAGAUCCAGCAGUGUGCAGACAGGAUACAAGCCCUCCUCUCUCCCGCUCUGUAACAUCCAUUCUCUAACCCAUCCAACCAUCUCUACCAUCUCAUUCAUUCCCAAGGGCGUCACAAGGGGGGACAAGACCUGACUGCAAGGCGCAUGCAUGUAUGAGUGUGUGUAUGCACGAGUACCCCCUACCCCGCGUGUGCGUAUCUGUUCUGUCUGUGGAACCGCUGACAUGAGGAGCUGAAACAGACCCGACAGAAGGAUGAAAAUGCUCCGGUUUCGCAGCCCAAGCAUCCGCUCCUUGGACCAGGAGGUCCUCUGCACGAUCCGGCUCCUGGACGACUCCGAGAUCUCCUGCAGCAUCCAGAGAGACACCAAAGGCCAGUUCCUGUUGGACCAUGUGUGUAACCACUACAACCUGCUUGAGAGAGACUACUUUGGUAUUCGAUAUGUGGACCCUGAGAAACAGAGGCACUGGCUGGAGCCCAAUAAGCCCGUGGUGAGGCAGAUGAAGUCAGCCCAUCAGCCAUACACGAUGUGUUUCCGGCUCAAGUUUUAUCCCAACGAGCCAAUGAAAAUAAGAGAGGAACUCACCAGGUAUCUGCUGUACCUCCAGCUAAAGAGAGAUAUAUACCACGGCCGUCUCCUCUGCCCUUUUGCUGAAGCUGCAUAUCUGGGAGCCUGCAUCAUACAGGCUGAGCUUGGGGACUACGACCCAGAAGAGCACCCGUCAGACUACAUCAGAGACUUCAAGCUGUUCCCUAAACAGUCCCUGAAACUGGAGAGGAAGAUUAUGGAGAUACACAAGAAUGAGCUCAGGGGCCAGUGCACUUCGUUUGCAGAGCUGAACAUGCUCCAAAGGGCUCACAGCCUCGAGACGUAUGGAGUGGACCCUCACCCCUGCAAGGAUUUCACAGGCUCCACAGCUUUUCUCGGGUUCACUGCCACAGGUUUUGUGGUCUUCCAGGGAAACAAGAGGAUCCAUCUCCUAAAAUGGGCUGAUGUUAGCAAGCUGAAGUUUGAAGGAAAAACCUUUUACGUCAUUGGGAUUCAGAAAGAGAUCUCCUUAACAGGCAGGAUGCACUGUGACAGAAUGAAGAAACUGGUGCUGACAUUUCACACCUCGACCCCUGCUGCGUGUAAGCACCUAUGGAAGUGCGGGGUGGAGAACCAAGCCUUUUACAAGUGUGCAAAGUCGAGUCAGAUAAAGACAGUUUCCAGCAGUAACAUAUUCUUCAAAGGCAGCAGGUUCAGAUACAGUGGACGAGUAGCCAAGGAGGUGAUAGAAGCCAGCUCUAAGAUAAAGAGAGAGCAACCAGAAGUACGCAGAGCCCAGUUUGGUCAGAGUCGAAGUUAUAACUCUUUGAGCCAUAAAAACCUCAUCAUGAACAUGGAGCCGCUGGUACCUGCACUGCCCUCCACCAACGAAUACGAAGAGACGGCCGCAGACAACGCUGUUGUUGCUGUGAAGGACUCUGUCCUGUUGUCUCCUCUCGAACCCUCACCUGCUCCACCAGACGCAGAGCAGCAAAGUACUGAGAGAAGAAAUUACCUGCAGCCUCCCCGUGUUUCCAUGGAAACCUCAAAUCACCGACCUCACACGCCCAAAGCUGAAGAUGAAGUGGAGGAAGACGAUGACGCCAGCGGACCACUGACCAUUUCUGAGCUUGCCUACAGCCCUUGUGCCAGCAUGCUGCCCACUCCAGUGGAGGACAGUCAGGGAGGGGUGGACCUGCUCUUCUCCUCCCCGGUGCAGAGCCCCGCCCGGAUGCUGAGGGAGCUCCAUGCAGACCCCGACAUCCAGGCCCAGCUGGAGGCCGACAGGGAGCGGGACCGGGCCUAUGAGCGCACCCGUCUGGCUACUAGGAGUCAGAUGGGGGGGGUCCUGACCAGCAGCCUGCGCCUACUGUCGUCCAAUGAGAGAGUCAAUGCUUGCAUGCUGAGCGUAGCCCGCUUUGUUGCCGUUGUCAUGGGCGUGCUGCUUGUCACUGUGCCCACUCUGCUGCUGCUGCUGGAGUCUGACAUUGACGUGUCGUUCCUCCAUGAGAUCCGCCAGACGCCGGAGUUUGAGCAAUUUCACUACGAGUACUACUGCCCACUCCGGCGCUGGAUCCUGUGCAGGAUCAGCAUGGCCAUGGAGAACCUGUGGUCAGACUGAGGAGCUAGAGGAGUCACUGCCGGGGGAAACACAUGUGCCCACAUGUCUGUCUUAACAUGUCAUUUAAUCUUAAAUUCAGUUACAACAACUGAACCAGUCUGCCAAAUGGAUGAAAUGAUUUCACUUGUUUCAGACCUAUUUUUUGAGCAGGUGCAAUGGAUCUUUGAUGAGGGCUCACACAAUUCCAGUAGGUUGUCUUGUAAAAAGGCCUGAUAAAGAUGUGCUGUCAUGCCUUUUAUAAUACAUUGUUUUCAAAUUGAAUAAUACAGAAACAAGUAGAUUUGUUUCACCCCUUUCGCAGCAUAAUUAAGUUUAUUGAACAAAAAAGAAACAAAAAACUAACAUUUGGGAUCCAGUCACUUGUUAAGACACUUUUGGCAGUGAUAAACAGAAAAUAAAGGACAAGAAAUGCAGCAAGUUUUCAAAGACAAACGUGCAAAAGGGAGACUUUUAUGAAAAUAAAAAUAAGGGAAGUGAUGGACAGAUAAACUCACAAAAAGAUCCAGAGAAGCAUGCAGGAUACAAAUGGUUGGUACUAUUUUUAAAGGUCUGUUCACUCCUGAUGCUGACUAGCUGAUGCAAUGACUCUGGUAAAUAUGACAAAUCAUUCUGAUUGGUUCUCACCCUCAGAAUGGAACACCUGAUUGGUCACCGAGCCUGUCAGUCAUGACGGAGUGGACGGGGAGAGAAAUUAUUGAUUUGUCACUGAACGCAACAAAAGCCACAGUCAGAGGUACCUUAUAUAUAUAUUUAAAAACAAAAGAGUAAUAUUGAUAAUAUAAAACCAAUCUUAAAUAAGUUGUUUUUAACAUUUUGUACAUUUUUAUGUGAUCCAGACCUUUCAGGAAUUUUUCAGUCAGAGGAUCUACUUUGAGCUUAUUUUGAAAUUAAGACUUUAUAAAAGAGUAAGAAAACAAACACAUUUAUUAAAGUUUAUCGGGGUGAUGGGCGUUGAUACAUUUAAGAUAUUUUUUAAGAGCACUGUCAGCAUUUGUUGCCUCCGUAGCUCCCUGGAGUUUUCCUACAGAGGCUAUAGCACAAAUCUUUUACACAGAUCACAGAUUAAAACUGUUUCAGAUUACGUGAUGUCAUUUUGGAAAUGGGAGGGCAACAGAGGAGAGAAACCUUCUGUUCAUCAUCAUGAUAAAACUUGUGUUUUGUUGAACUUUUAAAUGUCUUCUGAACUACAUGUUAAGUCAGUAGUAGUGCAUCUCUCAGUGUGUUUUAAGUCAGUUUGAACAUAAAAGUAUUUAAAAAAUGCUAAAGAAGGACAAGGUGACCUGUAGGCUUGUGAUGAAAAGUUAUGUGUGAGUAAAGGUGGGUCGAAUCGAGAUUUGGGGUCAUUUGUUCAGUCCAUGGGAGGCUACUGUUAGGACAGCUCUGUGAUCGUCUCAGAUUCAAAGUGAUGAUGGUACACUUAAGAUUCCCAGAGGAAAAUGUUUGUGUAUUCCAAAUAUACUGCUCAUAUGUGACACAUGAUUGGAAAACUGAUGGUGUCAAUCUUGUGCAGUACUACAGUGGCAGGUAUUUAAUUUAAGUAUUUUAAUCACUAAAUCAAAUUAGAGAUGAUUUGUAGCCAUUAUUAAAGAAGAUCUGUGAGAACAUCAUGCUGAGCAUAAUUUAAAUGACCGCAACUGUUUAUACCCUUAAACAGAAUACAUACAUUUCUAUCAUUUUGGUGUGAGUCACUAACAAGUUUUAGAUGGGGAGAAUGUUUGAACAAGAUGUUUGAAGAAUAAGAUUCUGGUUUUGACGACAGAUGUGUUCACACACAAGGGUGUUUCUGUGUGAAGGAGCAGCGCCAUCAAAGAUACUGCAAAGGUUUUAUUUUAAAAUGUCUAAAAGUAGAAACUUCAAUUUUGGGAACUAAAGGCUGUACUAGUGGUUUUGUUUCAAUCCGACAGUGCCUGUCAGUAACAGUGUCCUGGCUCUGCAUGGAGAAGAAACAGAGAGUUACAGCGAUGAGAGUUACUUCAGAUCAAAUGAAAACAGAUGCAAAAAAAAAGGAAAAAAAAGUUCUGUUUGAAAUGUAGUUCAAUUUGAAUUAAAUUUCUCAGGAAAGGGAAUUAGCAGUUUAUGUUCAAAAUAACCAUUAUAUGUCUAAAAAAGAAAGGAAAAACACAUCUAAUUACAGCAUAGUUUAUGCCUAGCAUUCAUACAGUACAUGUCUUCUUGCAUUAUGCUAUUUUGAAUAUAUAAACACUAUGUCUUUUUACCAAGUCUGGAGCUAGACAUAAAUACAGCUGCAGAUUGUCUGUGUUAUUGUAGCAACACUACACUCCAUGUCAUAUGCAUCCAAACAUAUUACCUAAAAAGUAUUUACUGUUGAGAGCCGGUACCUGCAGUUUGACCAUCAUAGCUGAAGCUCUGUACUGCUUUAUCUAUUCAUUUAAGCUGAUCAAAACAGGAGUAGCAACAUGAGUCUUGAUCUCUUUCUCAAAACUCUCUGACACUGUUUGAGGCUCUUAAAAAGCUGAACUCAUACUUUUAUUUUCAGAAUAUCUCCACAAUCUCAACUGCUACAGAGGCCUCUGCAGUGCACAUCACCAUCAAAAGCCUCUCAUUUGAACCCAAACAAUAUCUCUGCCUCAUAUGAUCAGCUGUCACCAGUUCAAGUCCCGGCAAGACCAAGUGCUACCGAGGUGUCCCUGAGCAAGGCACCGUUCCCCACACUGCUCCCCGGGCGCCGUUCAAAAUGGCAGCACACUGCUCCUAACACUAGGAUGGGUCAAAUGCAGAGAAACAGUUUCCCCACGGGGAUUAAUAAAGUAUAUCAUAAAAUCAUAAUUGUUGUGUAGCAGUGUGAACCUUAUGAAUCAACAAGCUUUAUGCAUAUAGAUAAUAUGCAGUAACAACAGAAACAAGCUAACUUGGGACAAAGUAUUUAUUUUCCUAUUAUAGCAUAUUCACGGAGUAUCACUACUGAAACCAAGCAAAGGGCCAAACCACUAUCAAGACCACAUUUUGCAUUUAAACAUCACAGGCUCUGAGUUUCACUGUAGUGGGUGAAGCUGAUCUGAAUGCACUGCUAAAUAAUACCACCAUCCCAUGAUAACUAACAAAGUGGGAUAGCAUCGUGAACUAUCAUCCCGUCUUCAUAUUUAACUAUUGCUCAUCCGCUAUGCACAUGCACCAAAAUGCUUGAGAUAUUCCCAGUAGAUUUUAAAUAGAAGUUCUUCUGUAUAGGCUUCAUGUACACAGCUGUAUAAACAUGGCGUUCUGGCUUUGGUCCUUUAUUUCUGUGCUUCAUCAUCACACAGCUAACCCAGGGUAUCUCACUCUGACCUCUCAAUGUAAACGGCAUGCCUUCAUCUGUAAAUACUGUGUUUAUAGUUGUGGCAAAAAAUAAUCCUCUCUUUCUUCCCUCUGCGUGUCUUGUCCAUAUAUAAAGCGAUCUAGAUUUAGGCUUGGCUGUCUUGACCAUCGUAGACAAAUGCAUGUUCUCUCUGUUUUACUGAAAGGAGGUCAUUUUAAAAAUGUUGUGACCUCAUUUAAAAAACCAAAACACGUCAUGCAGUGUGGUUUUUCUUCAUUUUAACAAUUGAAUUGACAAGACUGAAUACAUGUGGUUGCUUAUUCUGUUAGCUUCCUCUCAGUUAAUCAACCCAAAAAAAUGUGUCUCAGCACAAAAAUGCUGUUUGCUUGGAAAACAUUUGUUACCAUCUCUUAAAGAGCAGAUCUAAAAUAUUUGACUAGUUUGUUAAUUGUGCUUUUGCUGUGUGCGUAAAUCAUUUUAGUCAGAAGCUAAAUGCUAACACCUGCACCUCAUUGCUAACGGAGCAUGCUAUUAACUGAAUCAAUUGAAUUCAUUUUAAAUCAUUACUUGUAAAGAUGUUCACUUUCAACCUAAACUCAUUGCAAACAACAAAAGUUCUUUCUGUGAUAAAAACAGAUCUUUGGCCACAUGACACCGUAGCAUUUGAUUAGUUUGUAGCUCAUGUUUUCAGUUUAAUGAGUUUAAAGGGGAAUUGUACUCCUUUGAGAUUCAGCUCUUGUUUUGAGCUACUUGAGUUUCUGUGUUUUACAGCAUAUAGACGGACCAAGCGUACAACUUCUGUGGCCUGUGCUUACAUAAAACUGUGAUUAAAACAUCACUAAGUUCACACCCCAGUUGAUGUCAUAUCUGAGGUAUAAGUGCUGAGUUCCUGACAUGAGUCAAGUAUUUACAAACCUUAAAUGUAAUAACCUGCCUUUAAUUAUCAGUGGAAAUUAAACUAAAGGCUUUACAGACUACACUCAGAAUUCAACGCUGUUCGAACCCAUUACACACAUUCUGCUUUUGAUGAAUUUAUUUAAGAUUUUAAAUAUUUGAACUCAGGUCUACUAUAUGCAAAACUAUUGGACAUCACAUGGUACAAGAUAAAAAUAAGCUGUUGUUUAUUAUGUUAUUUCAGUGUUGUGUGGGCAUGUACAGUAGCAGAUUCUCUUGCACGGUCACUUUGUUGUUUUUGGACGUUAGUCAAAUGAUUUUUUGUUUCUAACGGUCAAUCAGAUCAUUUAUUAUAAUUUUGUGUUGUCAUUAAGUCUCUUUUAAUAAGAAACUCUGGGAGAUUUAAUUUGAGAAGAAUAAGAAAAAAAACCCUAAGUAAUGGCUCCCUCUCUUCUGGGACAACCAAGCCUUAUGAACUUUGUGAAGUGAACAUUUUGAAUGUUUGUAUGUUAUAACAGAAAACAUGAAUUGUUUUAUAUGUUAAUACUGCCACAAUAAAGCUCCCUAAUGAAUAUAUAUUGAAA